AUGAAACAAUUAUUCUUGGGGUUACUUCUGGUGAGCUCAGCAGUCUUUGCACAGGAAGGUACUGGUGGCCGAAUCAUAGGCGGGUAUGACUGCCUACCACAUUCCCGUCCCUUCCAGGCAGCCGUUGUAACUGGAUCUAAAGGCAACUGGAGGAUUUAUUGUGGAGGAAGCUUGGUGGACCCGUGCUGGGUGCUCUCAGCAGCCCACUGUAAAUCCAAUCAAAGAGUGAAGGUGUGCUUAGGAAAGCAUAACCUGAAGAUGGUUGAAUCAGCAGAGCAGUGCGUGGAUAUUGCAGAUGCUGUGCCACACCCAGAAUAUAACAGAAAGAACAUUGACAAGGAUUACAUGCUUCUUCGACUUAAAACCUGUGCCAAAUUAUCUGAAGCAGUUAAUGUCACACGACUACCCACCAGUUGCCCAAGUGAUGGGACACCAUGUACUGUUUCAGGCUGGGGCACGAUCCAAUCACCUCAAAGUAGACUUCCAGCAAAGAUGCAAUGUGCAAAUGUCAGCAUUGUUCCACAUAAUCAAUGCAAUAAAGCAUAUCGUGGUGCGAUCACUCCACACAUGAUCUGUGCUGGAGUACCACAAGGAGGCAUUGACUCUUGCAGGGGUGAUUCUGGGGGCCCACUCACCUGUGAUGGCUUACUUGAAGGUGUGGUUUCUUGGGGGACAUACGUGUGUGCUCAAAGAGGGAAUCCAGGAGUGUACGCCAAAGUCUGCUGUGUCGUGCCAUGGAUUCAGAACACAAUUAGGAACUGGUCACCCCGUACUUGUGAUGGACCUCAGCAGAAGGGAAAAAAGCAGCUCAGAGAAGGUCCUGGGAAUUAA